AUUCAGACGAUGGGAUGAAAUAUGGGUAGAUGUUCCUCCAAACCCUGUUGUGAGAUCACUGACGUCACAACUCUCCCCGAGACCCGCUUAAUCAGCGUACAACCAAUCGUUGACGAGGAUUUGGCACCAAUCCCGCCCAGUCUCAGAAGAGAUGAUGUCAUUUCCGAUCUAUCGAUGUUCAAAAAAGUCGACAGUUACGCAGCAAAAGCUCCCAAGUCCACUGAUCUUUCCGUCCAUAACCUCGCCAAGUAUUUGUCCAAGGCGUCUAAGACCAACCUGGGACGAGUUCGGGCCUUCUACCACUGGAUAUGUAACCAUGUGGAACUAGAUCUUCGGUCCUUUCUCAAUAACUAUAAGAAGCCUGUAGCAGCUGAAUUUAAAAUGCACACAAAAGUGGCCCUUUGCUAUGGAUACGCUGAACUGUUUGCGGAGCUAUGCAGAUUAUCAAACAUUCCCGUAAAAACUCUUUACGGAUUUGUAAAAGGUUAUGGAUAUAACGCAACUAAACCUUUUAAGUACACACAGCCAACCAAUCACGCUUGGAAUGCUGUUCACGUGAUCGGGCAGUGGUGUUUGGUUGACUGUACCUUGGGCGCAGGCCACGUGAAUGAUGACGGUCAUUAUACCAGGGAAUUUGAAAACUAUUACUUCCUUACCGAUCCCGAUCAGCUGAUUUCUACCCAUUUUCCAUACAUGGGCAACAAUAAGAAAGAAAGCAAAGCUUGGCAACUUCUUCAGAAACCUUUGACAUUACAAACAUUUAAUAAAAAUGUAAAAAGGACGAUCAAAUCCUUCCAAUGGGGCGUGGAUCUAGUGUCUCAUAGACAGGCUGUCAUUCAGGUGACGUUGUCUUCCACUGUGUUUAUAAAAGGGACGACGAGGAUGUUAAACAAUGUUGCAGCGCGUUUAACGGACACAGAUGGCAAUGUUCAUAAACAGUAUACGUUAGUGCAAAAUCCAGACCAGAACUUAUUUUCCAUUCGAAUACGCCCCCCAACAGUGGGGAAGUUCCGGUUGACGAUUCUCGGAAGUGUUGACAAGAACGACACAACACUUUAUGCGCUUGUGUCAUACAUAUUGCGUUGUAGGCAAACAGAGCCAAAGGUGUUUUUAUACCCAAAACAUUCCGGAGUCUGGAGGUCACGAGCUGAUUACAGAGAUUUCGGAUUUCAAACUGGUGUGGAUUCACCUCUUAUUAUAACCCCAAAAGAUGGCAUUUUAGAGUUGACUUUACCUAUAGAAAAAAAAUUCCCUGUUUCAUUUAAAGUGAGUUACUCUGAAUGCACACUAAAAAACAUAGAACGUUACGUAUUGGUAGAAAACAUUGGAAGUGCAAUAUCCAUACGCGGUCACUUUCCAGAGAAAGGGUUCUAUAAAUUGCAAAUCUUUUGUAAAGCCAAAUCUGGGAACUAUGAGCCAGUUCUUUUGUAUCUAAUAGAUUGUACUAAAGACGCCAUGAAACACACUUUACCAUUUCCAGUUAUGUAUUCCUCCGCUUCAGAAUAUCACUGCCAGUUAUUAGAACCUCUGACACGCGAGCUUCCGGAAGAAACGUGGAUAAAAAUAAGGUUUCGGUCAAGUGAUAUCAUCAAAGCAGUUGUAAAUGGACGAAAAAUUGAAAAAGGAAAUGGUGAUGUUUGGCGAGCGGCUGUCCGAACUUCAACUGCCGGCGGAAGCGUUCGAGUUGCCGGAACAAACGAUCCAAAGGGCCGCUACUGGGUGCUGUACGAAUUUAUUAUAGUCAAGGGAGCUAAUUCUCUGGAGCUUGAAGAUGUUUUGACUGCUCGGUCAGUCACGUCACAACCUCCCACGACACAACGAUCAGAGAACCAAUCACUGGCACCAAAACAAAAGGGCAUUCUAAAGAGACAAAUUAAAGAGAAAACUGUGAUCAUUUCAAAAUGA